ACCCCGAGGGGCAGUGGCACGAUCAGUGUUGUCGUGGUGCUUUUUAGUUUUCAGAAGUAAAACCCUACCUGUCGUCGUCCUGCAACUCUCUUCAAGGUAGUUUACCAUCGCGACAACUCCCAUCGCCGGCUGUUUCUUAGAAAUUCUAAUGGAAACCGCCAAAACGACCACAGAUGAAUCUGACGUCGGCAUCUUCUGCUAUAUCUCUCAACUCCCUGGCUUUCGCGGGAUUCUCAAGCAAAGAUAUUCCGAUUUUAUAGUGAACGAAGUUGAUAACGAUGGAAAUGUAGUUCAUUUGACCUCUCUGGAAGUUCCUCCAGAGAUUGCGGAGACCGUAGAUGGGGGAGAGAAGAAUGUAUCGAAUCAAAUUGGAAAAAGUUACGCUUCUGAAAUCGAGUCAUUCAGGUCACUUGCUGGUGAUUCCGAUGCGCUCCGUCUGGAAGCUUUUCUCACUCAAGUUACUACGGAAAGUGAAGAUAGCACUAGCAUUUCGCCAAUCCUUCUUUCUCCUAGUUCUGAUAAGGCCAAUCGAACGGCAAUGCAUAAUUUCUUCAAGGAGAACUUCAAGUUCCUUGUUACUGAUACCGUUGAUGGACCUGAUGCUUCAUCUAAGUGCAUUCGGGUGAGAUUGAAUUCUGGAGGACAUAAUAAUGGCGGUAGAAAUUCCAAGAAAAGGAGAGACAGAAGUGAUAAGCCAUUUGAUAGCCGAGGUUCAUCUCAUUGGCCAGAGCGCCUUGGCAAGUUUCUCAGGUUUCACCUUUACAAGGAAAAUAAAGAUACACAGGAAGCCAUAGGAUUAAUAGGAAAGAUGCUUGGCAUUCAGCCAAGAUCUUUUGGAUUUGCGGGCACAAAGGAUAAGCGCUCUGUCUCAACCCAAAGGGUUACUGUUUUCAAGCAGCAUGCUAGUAGAGUAGCUGCUCUUAAUGAAAGAUUAAUUGGUAUCAAAGUGGGUGAUUUCUGCCAUGUCAAGGAAGGACUUCUUCUUGGGCAGCUCCUAGGUAACCGGUUCACAGUUACCUUACGAGGAGUCAUUGCAGAUUCUGAAGAUACCAUCAAAGGUUCUGCAGAUUCAUUAGGAAGGCAUGGCUUCAUCAAUUACUUUGGUUUACAGCGUUUUGGUAGUGGUUCUGUGCCAACUCAUCUAAUUGGGGCUGCAUUACUCAGAGGAGAGUGGAAAAGUGCUGCAAGCAUGAUCCUUGAUCCUAGAGAAGGGGAAAGAGAUGUGGUGAGGAAGGCACGAGAAUAUUAUAAGGAAAGUGAUGAUAUUGAAGGGACCCUAAGGCAAUUACCUCGGCACUUGAUUGCUGAAAGGGCCAUACUUCAGUGUUUGAAGAAAUGUCCUGGGAACUACUUGCAGGCCCUGAAAGCUAUACCUAGAACUUUGAGGAUGAUGUAUGUGCACAGUUAUCAAAGCUAUUUGUGGAACCAUGCAGCAAGUGCAAGAGUACAAAAAUAUGGAACUCACCAAGUUGUGGUGGGGGACUUGGUUUAUUGCAAAAGAGAUGAUACUGCAAGAGAGACAUCAGGAGUUAAUUUGGAAUGUGAAGAUCUUAGCUAUGAUGAAGUGGAUGAUUGCAGUAAUUUAGAUGAAACCCCUGGCACAUAUGUUCCUGAAUGGAAAAGCACUCUUGUUAAGAGAUGGUUUUGUAUCUUUUGGCAGGCAGUAACUGCAGAAGACAUCUCUACUGGAAAUUAUACUAUUGAUGAUGUAAUCCUUCCUAUGCCUGGCUCUAGGGUGUCUUAUCCAACAAAUGACAUUGCCCAAGUUUAUCAUGAUUUGUCAAAGAAGGAUGCUAUCAAUUUGACUGAGAGUGUCCAUAAUGUCAAAGAAUUUUCAAUAACCAGCAUGACUGGAAGUUAUAGGCGCGUUUUUCAGAAGCCAAUGGACUUUGAAUGGGAAUUACUCUCGUAUACUGAUGGUAAUGUACCAUUGGCAGAGACAGAUUUUGACAAAAUUGCCAAGGUUAAAUCUAAGAGCUUAUUCAAAGAAGAAGAACAAGUCAAUGAAAAAGAGGAUAGAAACCCAUCUGAUUGCACGGGACUACCAGCGAGCUUUCAAAAUGAUAUACAUCUAUCAACAGGUUAUAAUGAGACUGAGGGUGAGAGAGAAGUAGGUCUGCCACAAGUUGAGUCUCUAUGUAACUCUAAUUCACAGGGAGCCCAACUGGCUCUUAAGUUAAGCUUCACUCUUCCAGCUUCAUCUUAUGCAACAAUGGCCAUAAGAGAGCUGCUGAAGACAUCUACAUCUGUUGCAUUCCACAAAACAUUAAACCAGUAAGAUCAUAGACGUUUUUGGCAUCCAAACUGGAGUCUUGCUUUUUCAGAGAUCAAAAGCACUAAUUACUAGAGCAAAUAAGGUUGGAUGUUUGUUGAUGUGAUGCAUUAGAUCAGCUUUUGAAGCUAUUUUAGAUGGGGUCUCAAACAUGUUCCCAGGAAAAACAAAGUUUUAAGGACCACACUGCCCUGUCUUUACUCUUUAGUCACAACGAAUGCCUAAAGGUUAACAGUGUAGCUAAGCAGUAUGCAAUGCUUAUAGCCUUCUCCAACUCCUGAAUUCAACUCGUGCAGGUUACUUCUAGAAGAUGAUUAAAGCUCAAGUUUGUUGCUUGUGAUGACUUUGGGAAAAGCUGUUGUACACCAUUUGCAAAGUUAGGGGAACAAAAAAUGUAGCAUUCACCUUUGUUCCAGUAUGUUGCAUCUUUAAAUUAUCAAGUAAACAAUGAAACUGAUGUUCUAUUCUUGAUUAUCAUGAGAACGUCAAUCUUACACAA